AUGAAUCAACGAACAACUGCUGCAGUUCGAACACCAGCCGGAUGUACAACACCGUUUGAAGUGGUAACUGGAGUAAGACAAGGGGCAGUGGCAGGAUCUUUCCUGUUCAGUUUCGCAGUCGACGACAUUAUGCGAAGAACAGUCGACCAGUGUCCUGCCGACAUUGUCUUAGCACCAUUAGGGUGCCCCUUGACUGACCUCGAGUACGUCGACGAUGUCCUUAUAUUCGCGGAAAGCAGUACGAAACUUCAACAUGUUGUCAACCUUGUAUCGAAGGUGGCUGCAGCCUAUGGACUACGCCUAGAGUUUGAUGAGUUCUGUUACCUAGGCUGUACGCUGAAGAACAAUGGCAGCUACGAGAGCGAUGUUCAGCAAAGAUGCGCUAAGGCCACUUCUGCAUUUAACUCCUUAACAAAAUGCCUGUGGUCGACCCCCAUCACCAACGAAGUCAAGCUGCGAGUCUACCUAUCCGCAAUUCGCCCCAUCAUGAUGUACGGAUCGGAGACUUGGGCAGCACCAUCAACGGUUAUGGAGAGGCUUGACUGCACGGAACGAAAGCUGCUUAGACGGCUACUUGACUACUUUUGGCCUAGGGUAUGUCACAAUGAAGAUCUUUAUGCAGAAAUUGAUGUGGUAUACCGGCGGAUGACACGUGGAAGACAUCAACAUUUUGCACCGCCAUCGAAAAUGGCUAAAGUAAAUCGUUUUCGCUUCUUUGGUCAUAUAUUAAGGAGACCGGCAGAUCGCCUUGUUUAA